AUGUUUAUCGCCAUUUCGCAGAGAAACCUCCUGGAGGAGGCUGGCGACAGCGGGCGGCACCAGCACCUCCUGUUCUGGCUCUUCGUGGUGCCAAUCAAUUUCCUGAUCCCGUGGGUGGCUCUCACGCCCAUCUUCAUGAGCUCGACGCCCGCCCAUUGGUGCCACGUGCCCGGCCGCCCGCAGGAUGUGUCGCUCGACCAGUGGAAGGCGCUCACCAUUCCCAAAGAAAGCAAGGACGGCGCAGAAGUGUACAGCGAGUGUCAGCAGUACAACAUCACCCUCAGUGACCUUGACCUUACAUCUGACCUAGCUAGCUUUGCAGCGAAGGUCAAUGCUACGUAUGACCGCAUUGCCUGCCAACAUGGAUGGGAUUACGACCAGACCGACUACGACAGCACGCUGAGCACGGAGCAGGACUGGGUGUGCGGCCGAGACACGCUGUCGGCCAACUGGCAGUCCGUCGGGGUGGCCGGCAACGUCGUCGGGACCUUCAUCUUCAAUUCGCUGUCGGAUAUCCUCGGUCGUCGUCCUGUAUUUGUGGUAGCUAUGAUGAUGUACGCCGUGUUCGGAUUGCUGCGAAUGUACGUGACGAGUUACGAGUGGAUCAUGGUCACGAUGUUCUUGGCUUCGACUUCGUUCCCGCCAAUUCUGGAACUUCCACUGAUCAUCGUGAUGGAGCAGGUGUCUCCGGGGUGGAGAGCGAGAAUCACCUCCACCAGCUUCAUUCUGUGGACCUUCGGCAUGUGUCUCCUGCCCCUGAUUGCCUGGCUCUCGAGGAACUGGGUCACUCUGGGGCUCAUCACCACCGUCCCCUUCUUCGUCUUCGUGCUAGCUUGGUGGAUCCUACCAGAGUCCCCUCGAUGGCUCCUGUCUCGCAAUCGUUUAGAAGAAACGGUAAAUCUGUUAAGGACUAUUGCUCAACGUAAUGGACGUCCUGUGCCUGAAAAGCUCGAGGAGACAGUUCAGGUCCUUGCAAAUACUCAUAAUACAGAGAAGAACUAUGGUUUCAUCCAACUCUUUAAAUACCCUAAAGUGAGAUUGAGGACUGUAUUGCUGACAGUUGGCUAUACUUGUAAUAACCUCUUUUACUAUGGCCUGGCAUAUAAUACAACCAACAUGAGCGGCAAUGAGUUCAUCAACUUCUUCUUGCUUAGUAUUACUGAGCUUCCCUCAAAUAUCUUAGCUUGGUGGGCUGCUAAUUACAUAGGAAGAAGAUGGACAGAAGCUGGUUGUUUUCUCAUGGCAUCUGUCUUUGCUGUCAUUGCAAUUUUCACCUUGAAUAGUGCACUGUGGCUUAACAUCACUAUGCAUAUCCUGAGCAAACUAUUCAUCACUAUGAGCUUCCUGGUGGUGUACAUCCAGUGUGCAGAAAUCUAUCCAACAACUCACCGAGCUGCUGGGACAGGAUUGUCAUCCCUUAUUUCAUCAUCCUUUGGAACUACUGCACCCUAUAUUGCAUUUUUGGUGAGACUGCUUAAAAGUCUGUUGCUAUGUGAACAUGUGUGUCAGGACCAAAAAUAUAUGAUGUAUAAACAUAUUACCAUUAUUUCAGUAGAAUUUCAAUAAUAAAGAUUGAAAAUCUUCAUA